AAGUGGCAGUUUGCCAGAUAUUUUUAUAGGGAUAUCAGAAACGGAAAAGGAAGAAAACAAAAAAGCUCGUCUGUUGACGGAGACGGAGAAAGCAAAGCAAAUUCGCUGCUGUUGCUGCUGCUGCGAAUUAAGUAUAUUCUUUCCCGUCAAUUGAAGGACACGGAGACGGAGACGGAGAAAGCAUUGUAGUUCUCGUUUGAGGUUUGAUUUAAGUUUAAUUAAUGAUUUUCCUUGCUUUCCUCGUCAAUUGACGGCGAAUAGGACGACUUCAUUUUGCCGUCGAUCUUUUCUCGCGUGGGUUUUGGUUAUUGUUGUAGAUGUUGUUGUGAGUCAGCGCAAUUUGUAUUGCUCGCGGCUUUUUGAGUAUAAGAGGUCGAAGGUACGAAUCUGUGUAGCUUCAGUUCUCUCCAAUUCUACAGGAAGGGAUAAGAAAGAAAGGAAAAAUGCUCAAAUAUGCUCUUGGAAACAGCAUCGGUGCCUUUGAAUGCCGUAGAUUUCGGCUGAUCCGUAGUUGGAGUGGUGAAGGGGGAGGAAUUUAAAUAGAUCACGAAGAAUAGCCAAGCUGGGAUUAGGCCAGCGGUUGAAGCUCACAAUUUUUUUAUUUAUUUUUAUGGAAAUGAUCGUUUUUGAGGAGUUCAGAAGUGCUGUUGUUUUUUGUCGCUGUUUCGGCCUUUUGUUUAGACGAUGCGGUUGUUUUGGUUUUGAUUUUGAGUUCGGGACUCCAAAUUAAGGAUUUUUUAUUUUCAGAAGUUGUGUUGCUCGGGAAUUCAAAUUCAGCUUUUUGCUGUUGGCUCUAGUUUGGAUUUAAGCUAGGGUCGUUAUUUAUUUUGUCUUUUGCUGUUGCGGUCCCCGAUCUUGAAUUGGCCAUGGGAGGUGGCUCGGCAUAUGAGUGCCUGCAGGGUUUGGCAGUACCGAAGCAAGAAACGAAGAACAGUUUGGUUAAUUAUCCCAACGCCAACGAGGUUAACGGUUUCACGCGCUGCAACAGUAAUAAUAUUAACGGCAACAAUAAUGAUGUUGUUACGUCCGGCAGUGAAAUGAUGGAGCGUGUUCCGGAUCAGUUUCCGGCGGGGCUCAGAGUUCUUGUUGUAGAUGAUGAUCCGACCUGCCUCAAGAUUUUGCACAGAAUGCUUCAGACUUGUCAAUAUGAAGUUACAACAUGUACCCGAGCAACUGUUGCAUUGUCUUUGCUAAGAGAGAAGAAGGGUGGUUUUGAUCUGGUUAUCAGUGAUGUGUACAUGCCUGACAUGGAUGGGUUUAAACUGCUUGAGCAAGUGGGUUUGGAAAUGGAUCUUCCUGUCAUCAUGAUGUCGGCAGAUGGAGAAACAAGUGUGGUGAUGAAAGGAAUCAAACAUGGGGCAUGCGACUACCUUCUUAAACCUGUACGUAUUGAAGCUCUAAAAAACAUAUGGCAGCAUGUGAUUCGAAAAAAGAGAAAUGACUCGAAGGACUUGGAGCAAUCAGGUAGUGUUGAAGAUGGUGAUAGGCAUAGAAAAGGGUCAGAUGAUGUUGAGUAUGCAUCAUCAGCAAAUGAAGGAAUAAAUAGUGCAUGGAAACAUUCAAAGAAAAGGAAGGAAGUCAAGGAAGAGGAAGAUGAUGGUGAGCAGGAUAAUGAUGAUUCCUCUACUCUGAAAAAACCACGAGUAGUCUGGUCUGUGGAGCUCCAUCAACAAUUUGUCUGUGCUGUAAACCAGCUCGGAAUUGAUAAGGCUGUUCCCAAGAGGAUACUUGAACUGAUGAAUGUUCAGGGGCUUACAAGGGAAAAUGUGGCGAGUCACUUGCAGAAAUAUAGGCUUUACCUAAGAAGGUUGAGUGGAGUGGGACAACAACCAAAUGGAUUGAAUGCAUCCUUUGGGGGAACCAUGGAAGCAAAUUUUGGUUCAGUUCCCUCACUUGAAAGGUCUGAUCUUCAAGCUCUUGCAGCCACGGGUCAAAUAUCACGUCAGACUCUGGCAGCAAUUCAGGGUGGGCUGUUUAGUAGAGUAAAUGCAGGCAAUACAGGAAUGCCUUCAGUUGUCCCGGGGUUUCUUUUACAACCAGAACUUCAAGGACCAAAUUGCAAUCAAACAGAGAGGGGGAGGUUUGUCCAACCAUUUAUAAGCAGUCAGAGGAACUUACUGCAGGGUAUGCCUGCUAGUUUGGAUAUAAAACAGCUUGCUCAGUCGAAUCCGCAUAUUCCAUCAUUUGGAAAUGUGGGUUUGUCAAUGGAUGAUUCAUCUUCAGGGAUUCCCAUUAGGCAGGGCCAAGUUCCAGCAUCUUCUGUGGGACUUGGAGGUGUGGGUCAAAUGAGUGGCAUAAGCAACAGUGUAGCACUGAACACAGACAACAAUGCUUUGAUGGUGCAGAUGAUGCAGCAGCAACAGAAGCAACACUCAAUACAGCACCACCAACAGCAGAUGCCAACGAGCACAGGGCAGCAGCAGCAACAUUCAUCACACUACCACCAACAACAGAUGACAACAAGUGCAGGGCAGCAGCAGCAACGUUCUUUACAUAAUCAUCAGCAGCAGAUGACAACAAGUGCAGGGCUUCUUCAGCAGCGAACCAAUACACAAUUUCAAAAUGAACAACUUGAAGGUGGACAGGUUCAAAAUAUGCCAUCACCAAAUCUUCUACGGCAUCAGAUACUUUUGAAUGAUAUUGGAGGAAUUUCUAAUCAGUUGUCCACUGCAACCAACAACAGUACUGUCCUAGGAAACCAACCAGUUGGUGUCCCUAGUUCGGCACAGGUAAAUCAGAUACCAACAUCAAUGCAUGGCUUGGCCCAGGCUACAUCUAAUUCAUCUGGGAGGAUUGGACACUCUACUUCUGUAGACUACCAAAAUCGUUAUCUUCCCGUCAAUGCAGGAAAUAGUUAUUCUCUUGCAAGUACUGUUGGUUUAUCUCCACAAUUGUCAUCAAUGGGGUCUUGUGAUGAGAGUAAUUCACCAGAAGUUAGAUUGAAUGACAUUGUCAAUUCUCAAACCUUGAGAAGCCCUAAUCCAAGUUAUGGUACGCUAAAUAGCAUGGGGCAGAGUUUAAGUGAGAGUACAAAACAAGGUUGGCAUGCUCAGAACUUAUCUCGAAAUUUGGGGUUGAGCCAAACAGGGAAUUCUGUCCAAAAUUUUGGCUACAGUCAGCCCUUUCCUGCAAGUCAGGCCAUGAAUAUUUCUAGCAUACAAGAUAAAGCACAAAACAGUUUUGUAUCUGGUGAGAAAAUAAUGGGUCUUCCAAAUAGGCUACCAUCAGAUGCCAGAAGUGCAGGGACACUAUCUCGAUUUCAUAGUGAGCAGUUAAUUGACAAUGAGCUAAGGCUGGAGGAGGAUGGGGCAUCAGAUUUAAUGGCAAAUGCAAAAUUUGAGGGUGGAGGACUGGCAGAACAGUUUAUGCAAGAUGAUCUUAUGGGUCUUUUUUUUAAACAGCAACAUGAAGGGUUAGGAUCAGCAGAUUCUGAAUUCGGUACAGAUGGAUAUCAGCUAGAUAACAUUCAUGUAACGUAGAAAUGAUUGUCACCUGUUUAUAACAGAACGGAAACCUUGCAGUGGGCAUGCUGAUUCAGACAGGCUCAGGUUUUUGAUUUUACAGAUAAUAUUUAUUUUGCCUGAAUAAAAGGGAAGACUUGCCUUGAUUGAUUACAGAAGACCAGUGGAAAAUAUUAGUUGGAUUGUAAGCAUCAUUUACAUUGGGAGGAACAUUUUGAUUGCCGGAGCACUUUCUAGGCAGUGAUCUUUUUUAUGUAAUUUCAUUUGUAUAGUGAAUGCUCAAUCCACCGAGAACCGUAGGGUUGCCACAAUUGGUGACUUGUAAUCAAAUAUCUUCACAACUCAUUGGUCCAACAAAAUAUGCAGAGUGUUUUUCUUGUAGCCAUCAAACAAGCUCACAAUAAAGUGUUUUGGUCCUCAGUAGUGCUCACAAAUAUAGGUUGAAGAGGAAAACAUGUAGUGGGACAGAAUCAUAUGACACAAGUGUAGGGACUUGAAGAUUUCUUCUUGUGAAAUAAGUGACUUUCUUUGGGUCUUAUGGCUCUGUCUAUAUUUCCAUCUGGAUAAGAGAGGCCACCUUUGGUGGAGUUAUGUUUUGACUUCUCAUAAAUGAUGCAAAAAAAAUGUUUCCUUUAAGUUAA